AUGGCAUUGGCCAGUGGACACUGGCUGGAGAAAGAAAUGAAGGGACAGGUCCCAAGCCCCAGAUAUGGCCACGCUUUAGCUGUGGCAGGAAACAUGGCCUUUCUGUUCGGAGGAGCCUCCAACCUCGCCCAGGAGGACAACCCUGUCUACUUCAAUGACUUCUACAUGCUCACAGUCUCUCCAGAUGACGUAAAGUGGGAGGAGAUUCCCCAGAGUGGAGAAGUUCCCCCAGCCAGAGAAGGACACAACCUCUGUCUUGUUAAAGGGAAACUGUAUCUGUUUGGAGGACUGUCCCAUCCUGACGCUACCGAAUGCCUUCCAGGAGUUUACAGUUUUGACAUCAUGUCGCUGACCUGGGAUUUCCUGACAACUGGGAGUGUUGCCGUGAGAAGUCUCGGACACAGCUCUGUUGCUGUGGGAGACAACAUCUAUGUUUAUGGAGGCACACUCGGGGGGACGCCAACCGAUGACCUCAUGGUCUUCAACACAGUAUCUCACACCUGGACACCGGUUAAGACGAGCGGCUCCCCACCUCCACCCAUGUCAGAUCAACGUUUUGCUCUUGUUGGUGAUCAGGUUUUUAUGUUUGGGGGCUAUGGAGCAAGUGGAGACUUCUGUAGAGACCUUCAUGUCCUCAACACAGAAAACCUGGUGUGGCAAAAAUGGGAGACGAAGGGAGAAUUACCUGCUGCCUGUAAUGGACAAACACUGACGGCACACCAUGACAAAGAUGUUUACCUGUUUGGAGGAAAAAGUACAAAAAAUGACGGCGCAGUGAUGUCAUCCAACGAGAUUCAUAAAUUCAGCAUUGCUAAGCUGAAGUGGAAGGUCCCGUUGUAUGUUGGCAUUCCUCCAGCAAGGCGAAAUGGACACAUCGCCUUCAUCGUUCACAGCCAUCUGUACAUAUUUGGAGGAAAGAAUGAAGAGCAGGAGUUCAAUGAUCUGAAAGUCAUGAAACUCAUUAAUCCCUCAGAAAGGCAACCAGUGAUGAAGGAGAUUCUGUCUGAGUUUGGUCUUCAAGGAACCGGCCACAGUUUCACUCCCACUAAAAUCCCCAAUGUUCGCUAUGAGCUCAGCAAAGCUGCGCCAGCAUACCCGCCCAGGAGUACAACUGCUAAUGCACAGGUGUUGGUCCACAGAGACUUCAGUACAGUUCGAGACAAAGCCAUGGCAAUGAUCCAGACUGCUUUCACUCUACUGGACCAGGAGUUCCAGAAGCUGGAUCGAGAGAAGAGAACAUUGUCAAACUCUGCUGCUGCUCUUCAAGUAGAGAGAGAAGCCAUCGAGGCCCAAAAGCAGCAACAUCAACAGGAGUUACAGGAGAUGCUGGACAGACAUCGCUCUCAAAAUGAGGCGUGGCUUCGAGCCAGAGCUGAAGAGAACGACCAAGAGCGGAGGGAUCUCUACAGACUGCGGGAGGAGGUGCUGCACGAGCAAGAGAGACUGAAGGAAGAGCACAUCAGGAUCCAAAAACGCAGUGAACAUCUUCUGUCGGUUAUGCAGCAAUUCAAAGGAAUGUAA